CCAAGACUUGCAACUGUGGUGUUGGCUGUUGUUGCUGUGUUUGAGCACCGCUUCUCGUUUUCUCGUCAUCGUCUCGCUUGUGUCUCUGCGCCUCCCCUCUCUUUCUUUGCCUCUUCCUCUCGUCUACCGUUCACCUCGCUCGGUGUGUGUGUGUGUGUGUGAGUGGCUUCACAACAAUACGCCAUGCCACCCAAGUUUCGCCGUGUGGGCAUGGUGGACGACCCCAACGAAGCUGCCCGGAGGUCACUGUUGGAUGACGAUUCGGAUGAGGACAUCUUCGAUAUCCACGAUCACACUCGAGGCGCGUCAUCAAGGCGAGGCGCUCAGCCAGCGGGACACGAUGACACGGCGCUAAGAACUGCACAACGAGAGGUAGAUGAGGCUGUGGAUGUGAUGAAGCAGAACAUCGGCAAAGUGCUGGAACGCGGCGGCAAACUUGACGACUUGGAAGACAAAUCGGAGGUGCUGAUGCAGGGGUCGUUUGCCUUCCAGCGAGGAUCGCGGAGACUAACACGCGAACUCUGGUGGAAGCGAACGCGGGCGCGAAUCAUCAUCGGUCUCAUCGUCGCCGCCAUUCUCGCCAUCAUCAUCUUGGUGUUUGUGCUGAAAAAGAAGAAGUAGUAGUGGUAGCAACUCAAGGAACGAGAGGGGAGAGCAUACGUGAGCAGCAACCAAUCCAGCUCUACAAUCAUCAUCAAAUCACCACCACCAACAACGACAACAACGACAACAACAACAACAACAACCACAACAGUUUCGGAUUAGAAUCAGGGGCGCAACAGCACCACAUUGCGUGUUUGCUUGGAGGCCCAGCAGUGCCAGUGCCACGCAACAGGGACAAGCAGUGUGUCUGCCUGCAUAUUCACCAUGCAGCUGGCUGUACCAGCAAGCAAGCGAGCGGAGAGGAUGGGAGAAGUGGGGUUGCGAACAUGCGUAGUUCAUUGCGUUCAGUCAUACACCAUGUUCAUGCGCGAUUGUGUGGGCGUUUGUUAUUUGUGUGUUUCCGAGUUACGAUGCAACACAACCGUUCAUGUGCACACAGAAGAAGAAGACCAGCACGCAAAUGGGGACUGGGA